CAGGGAAGUCGCGCGCACUCAAGGCUCGGGGACAGACGAUUAACUCUUGCCAAGUCUCGCCGCCUCCGCCGCCGCCGCCACCGCGGCUCGCGGGCUUUGGGCUUCCCUUGAAGCAUGAUCCUCCUCGCCCGCCGCCUCCGGCGCUGCGCGGGCCGCGGACACUGCACGCCGGGGCCCCAGGCGCACAGUCUCACGAUCCCCUGUGCCCGCAGCCCGGGUGCAGGAGGAAUUCCGGCCGCGGCUGGCGGCAGGCAAUCUGUGGGUGAUCGCGCCUGCGGGGGACUUUGCCAUCUGUCCACCGCUACCAGGGGAGGGAGAAACAGCAACUCCCUGCCCCUUCCCACUCCACUACCGUUUCGGAGACACUGCAGGGACUCGUUUUGGGGUUUCCACUGAUUUCCAGAAAGGACGAGUGCCCUUCUCUGCCCCCAACUCGGGCGGCCACCUGUCUGUGCCGCGGUGACCCUUCUCCCAUGACCCUGCGGUGCCUCGAGCCCUCCGGGAAUGGCGCGGAAGGGACAAGGAGCCAGUGGGGGACCGCGGGGUCGGCGGAGGAGCCGGCCCCGGAGGCGGCACGUCUGGCGAAGGCCCUGCGGGAGCUCAGUCAAACAGGUUGGUACUGGGGAGGUAUGACUGUUAAUGAAGCCAAAGAGAAAUUAAAAGAGGCACCAGAAGGAACUUUCUUGAUUAGAGAUAGUUCGCAUUCAGACUACCUACUAACAAUAUCUGUUAAAACAUCAGCUGGACCAACUAAUCUGCGAAUCGAAUACCAAGAUGGGAAAUUCAGAUUGGACUCUAUCAUAUGUGUCAAGUCCAAGCUGAAACAAUUUGACAGUGUGGUUCAUCUGAUCGACUACUAUGUUCAGAUGUGCAAGGAUAAGCGGACGGGCCCAGAAGCCCCCCGGAAUGGCACUGUUCACCUUUAUCUGACCAAACCACUCUACACAGCCGCUCCAACUCUGCAGCAUCUCUGUAGACUCGCCAUUAACAAAUGUACCGGUACCAUCUGGGGACUGCCUUUGCCAACAAGACUAAAAGAUUACUUGGAAGAAUAUAAAUUCCAGGUAUAAGUGUUUCUCUUUUUCUAAACAUGCCUCAUGUAGAGUCGCUCCGAAUGCAGCUAUGUAAAAGAGAAUCAAAACUUGAGUGACUGCUCUGGAUAACCACGCCGAAAGCUCAGAACAGCCGAAGCCAAUCUAAUUUAAAGGUGUGACAAGGUAGUGAGGUAUUUAAAGUUCUCCCUGAUAUUUUCGCCCAAGUGUUGCAUCCCUUCCUAUCCUUCCUAAGCAGUUGAUCCUUUUAAAUAAAAUGUCCCCAGUAAAGGCUGAAGGAACAUUUGAUCAGAAUGCCUGGCCUUUCUGAGGUGGAAGGUCAGUUCUGCUAGGAGACAAAGCUCACACAGGAGUCCAAAGAAGUGGAGGCCCCAACUGACCCAGGCUCAACUUCACGUUUACAUGCCCAGUGGUCAGAGGCUCUGUAGGACAGUUACUACUUUGCAGUCUGAUGUACCUUGGAGUUUUGUAAAGCAGAUAUACUUGUGAGUAUUUAUCCUUCAUUUUAUGCAAUUAACCAAAUCAACCAAAAAACAAAAAUGACCAUGAAAUCCUGUAUUUGUCUUUUUACUACAUGUAUGAACUCUCAUGCGAAUGAGUACUGUAGUAAUCCAUUUUAAGGGAGCCUUAUUUCAGAAAUAUUUCAAACUGGUGCAAACAGAAAAGACUCUGUCUUUUCCUUUAAGGCUAAAGACAAGAAUGUCAUGCUAUACAGGUGCAAUUCAAUCCGUGUUUAACAAAACCAUGUAGAUAUAGACACUUUAUUCUGAAGUAGCUGUGUCCCAACCUGUUGCCAUUGACUUUGGAAAUGGCUUUAGAAAUUUCCAAGUUGCCCUUGACUUGUUAACCGUGGACAUCAGCAGUUGUCUCCCUUCUACCAUGUAGAACAUUUGGACUUAAUUUUCUUCCAGCUAUAGGGGGAUACCUGCCUGUUUUCCAAAGUGUUUAUUUACUGCUGUUACUAUUUGAUUAGAAUGUAUUAAAUAAUAAUAAUAAAAAAAAACCAAACCCUGA